GUCGUGGAGAAUAUAGCCACAGCCUUCAGCGUACCAAAAAGUAUCUUACAAGAACUACUCUCGAUUUAGUUUUGAAACUUCGAAGACAGUUCGAAAGGCAGAUUCAAACCUAACUCUAUGAUCUUCUCAUAAUUUGACAAUAUGACUAGCUAUGCGACUCAGUAUAGCAAUGGAUCAAAAAAACGGAAGCUGAAUGACUUGGAGUCUGUUACAUAUCGGGUGCGAGGAAUACCACUGGAAUAUAAGCUGCGACAGGUCCAGGAAUUGCUUCGAUCAGUCUUAGGACUUGAUGCAGCUCGGGGCACGGUUCAAGUCAAGUCGAUAGCCAUCAGUCCUAACCAGAAGACUAAGAUGGCCACCGUCAAUUUCCAAAACCCACCUCCCUGUCUGUCAUCAGACCGAAAGGAGUGGUCUUUUGAGAUCCCUGAUGUUGACAACAGCGAUGCUGAGAGCGACGACGAUGACGAUAUCAUUCCCAAGGCACCUACGAUUACAAUCGAUAGCCACUUCAGAGGCAUCACAAUAUUUCGAUCCUUCAAGAAUGUCGCAGAGCACAAGAUCGACUGCGUUGCGAUCUCGGGGCUUGGCGGGCACGCUUUUGGGUCCUUCAAAGAGCGAGCAGGACCACAUAUGUGGUUGCGCGAUUCACUUCCCUCCGAUCUUACCGGCGCCCGAGUCAUGAUCUACGGCUAUGACACCCAACUGCAUGAUAGUCACACUUUUCAAGACCUUGAAGCACUGGGGAGCCUGUUACGAUCAGAUCUUCAGACCCUAACUACACAAGACUCUAAACAUACCAAGCCUAAGACAGUACCAUUGAUAUUUGUUGCCCACAGUCUUGGGGGCCUCAUAGUCAAAGAAGCUAUAAUACAAAUGAAGCGCGACAAGAAUCACCAUGCUUUGCUUGAUUCUAUAUAUGGUGCGCUUUUUUUCGGUGUACCAAGUCAGGGAAUGGAGAUUACUUCUCUUAUUCCAUUAGUCAAAGAUCAACCUAACCAAGGUCUGUUACAUUCGCUCGGAAAAGAAUCACAGAUUCUGCGCAACCAGUGCAGAGAUUUCCCCAAAGCCUUCGGCCAUCAAGACUCAGAAAUAAUCUGCUUCUUUGAAACUGAAAUGUCGCCAACUGCAGCUAAGGAUGGAGAGAAGUGGAAGAUGACGGGGCCGCUUAGCAUCUUGGUCGAUAGCUCAUCCGCAAGGCACGGCCGCCCAUGGGAGAAUGAAGCGCAUCACUGUUUGGCACUGAAAAGAAGUCAUUCACAGUUGGUCAAGUUCUCUAGUAACGAUGAGGACUAUGAAAGGGUUCUCGCUGUGCUGAAGCGAAUGAUGUCUGUUGCUGUCUUGGUAAUUCCUCGUGUGACAUUUUCCACCAAAGAGAAGGAGGAAAUGACUUCCGAAGAUAAUGAUUGCCUUAAGUCGUUCGCUUUUCCUGAGAUUACCUACCGACGGCAGGAGGCAGACCAAGCUCAUUUACAUACGUGUGAGUGGAUAUUGCAACAUAGGUCCUAUACAAAGUGGAUAAGCAAGGAACGUGAACUUCUUUGGAUAAAAGGAAAGCCUGGCGCAGGGAAGUCUACCUUGAUGGCGUUCCUCUAUCAGGAAUUCCAGGCAUCCCAGGACAAUUUUCUCUUAAACCAACGCAUAGGUCUUGAGUUCUUCUUCCAUGGGCGGGGUGCUGCAUUACAAAAAACUCCAAUCGGCAUGUUUCGAUCCCUUUUAUAUCAAAUAUACACAAAGAUUCCAUUGGUGAGAUUGCCAAUACAGACUGCCUUUAAAGAGAAAAAGAGCUUUGGCAAGGCUGGAACUAGUUGGGAAUGGCAGUGCAAAGAAUUGAAGGACCUUUUCUCGAACGCUCUUAUUGACUCCGCUAAGUUAUGGAAGAUAACUAUCUUCGUGGACGCACUAGAUGAGGCUGGCAGCAUUGUUGCGCGAGAUCUUGCUAUGUACUUCCACGACUUAAACGAUAAACUUGCAGCUAUGAAAGGCGCUUCAAGAAUCUGCAUCUCAUGUCGUCAUUAUCCGAUAGUAGCGGCCAACAACAGUUUGGAAAUCUGUGUUGAAGACGAAAACCACAAUGACAUUACAAAGUACGUCAAGCACAGGCUCAACUCUGGAAUUCAAGAAAUGAACAUGGUGGGCCUUUCAAUUGACGAAUUCCAAGAACUUGAAGGAACUAUUGUGACGCGAGCUUCAGGAGUAUUCCAGUGGGCACGUCUUGUUGUUCCACUAGUCGUUGAUCUCAAUCAACAAGGAGAGUCAUUACAGUAUAUCUACAAAGAGUUAAGCAAGGUACCAACAGACCUGGGCGACGUUUACGAACACAUCUUUAGGGAGGUCAUCGAUCAUCGGAAUCGCACAAGAACAUUUCAUCUGAUGCAGUGGAUUUGCCUAGCUGAGGUACCACUCUCAGUGACAGAGCUACGGUUUGCGAUAGCCUCAGAUGACCUGUAUAUUCAUCCAGCACGAGAAUCUUGUAAAGAAGCAAAGGACUUUGUGGACACUGAUGCGCGUAUGGAGAGACUGAUCAGAAGCCUGUCUGGUGGCCUUGUUGAGGUUAAGCAUCAUAUGUUCAAAACCACCGUACAAUUUAUCCAUCAAUCAGUCAACGAUUUCCUCCUAUCUGGCGGUCUAAAGGAUCUCUCCUCAUCGAUGGAUGAUAUUAUCGGCCAAAGUCAGGGUCGGCUGUCUAAGUCAUGUAUUAACUAUUUGAGGUUGGAGGAAGUCCUUGUUGGUGGCUCAGAAUUGGCCGACCAUAAAGACUUCGGCUACACGGAUGUAUCGUCACGUUUAGAGAAUCUUCCAUUUCUGAGGUAUGCCACAAAGUUUUGGUUCUUGCAUGCGGAAAAGGCCGAAAGUUUUGGAACUUCACAACAGGACUUGGUGCAGCAACUCGGAUCCCCUCCAGGACCAGCUUUUCAGACCUGGGUAAAAAUCUAUGGGAAAAUAGAUUUCCAAGGAAACGCAAAAUGCCCCGAGCUUGGCUCCACCCUAUUACACAUUGCAUCUAGCUCAAAUCUUCGAAGCGUCGUCCAAAUUCUCCAACGUGAUAAUGUAAAUAUAAAUGAAGAAGAUGAUGCUGGUAAUCGAGCAUUGCACUAUGCUUCACGCUGGGGCCACAAAGUCUUGGCUGAAAUUUUGAUUGAUGCUGGCGCUGAUAUAGGGGCAAAGAGUAGGAACGACAGUACAGCGCUAGAGUGCGCAGCUGGAAAUGGGCAUGAAGAGAUGUUACGACUUUUAUUACAUCGCGGUGCCGAUGUUAAUGAGAGCACAGGAGCAUCGGGGAAUGCCCUUCAAGCUGCUGCUACAAAAGGAAAUAGGAUAUUGGUUAAUAUGCUGCUUAAGGCAGGAGCUGACGUCAACGCGCAGGGCGGACACCACGGCAACGCUCUACAGGCGACAGCGUAUAGUGGUCACCUAGCCGUGGUUACGCAGCUGCUUGAGGCAGGAGCUGACGUUAACGCGCAGGGCGGAGAACAUGGCAACGCUCUGCAGGCAGCGGCGUAUGGAGGGGCGGACACUACGGCAACGCUCUACAGGCGACAGCGUAUAGUGGUCACCUAGCCGUUGUUACACAGCUGCUUGAGGCAGGAGCUGACGUUAACGCGCAGGGCGGAGAACAUGGCAACGCUCU